AUGCAGGUACAACGCGGAGACAUGGGAAGAUAUCUGGCUGUAGAAGAAUGCUACACAAUCUAUAGAGGAGAUUUGAUCCAAUUUGGUACACAUUCUCUCACCGGUCUUCCUACUCGGAUGCGCACCUACAUAUUCUAUUCGGAUCUCACGGCGUCUUUGGCAGGGACCUACGAUAUCAAUCAUGGCAAAGGUUUAGGCUCUGGUGCAUUUGGUGUGGUCAACUUAACAGUUCACCGCAUAAAGGGAACAAUUCAUGCCGUUAAAACAAUUAAAGCUGAUCCAUUUAAUUUAGAAUUACCAGAAAAUUUGAGGUUAACUCACGAAAUCUCGGCUAUGGAGGCCCUCCGGGAUCACCCAGGUAUUUGUCGGAUUGAGGAAGUGUUUUUUGAUAUUGGAAAUAUAACCCACAUUGUAAUGGAAUAUGCAGCGGGAGGCAAUCUCUAUGAAUAUAUCCAUGCAAACAUACGCAAUAACCUUUCUGAAGGCGAUAUUAAAGCUAUUGCAUACCAAAUAUGUUCCGCUAUGGAAUACGCCCACUCAAAAGGUGUUGUGCACCGGGAUCUCAAGCCAGAGAAUAUACUCUUAACCAACGAUAAAACCCCUGUCGUAAAAAUUACCGAUUUUGGUGCCGCUGAAUUUUUUGGUGAAACAUCCGUCAUGACUGACAAAGUCGGAACUAAACUCUUUUGGGCACCAGAAAUAUUGAUAUUACCUUCUGAAGGUUACAGCCACUUAGUCGACUGCUGGAGCAUGGGAAUAACGCUGUUGUUCAUGUUUACCACUCAUAGGAACCUGAAUGCUCAAUGCUUGCUUCCAAGUACGACACUUAAAUCCAAUAGGAUCACCCGUGAAGCCCAAGUCUUUACCGCAGAUUUUCUUCAUUUUAUCCCUUCUCUUCGGGCGACCUUCACCAAGGCUCUUUCAUCUCCAUGGUUACAGAGUUAUCGCCGUCAAGUCCUUAGAGCCGUUCCUUUAGGAAAUUGGAACGGUAAAGCGUUAAAUAAAGAAAAUAUUGACCCAGCUCAAAGGGCAGAUGCAAUAGAAAAAGGUAUCACAAAGAUACACCCAAAUCAGGAGCGUGAAUGA